GCUGACGGCGGGGCUUAAGGAGGGAGGGACCGUCACCCGACGGCUCACACGCUUUCGCGCAGCCAAGCGGUAAACUGUGCUACGGCAGUACUUCUCGGCUCGUGAGGUAGGCCUGGCGCGAGACGGCAUGGGGCGCAGCGCAGAGAUGGGCUCGUGCGGCAAGUGCGUCCGCUUCUUCAUGUUCGCGAUGAACUUCGUUAUCUGGCUCGCCAGCAUAGCGAUCCUGGUGCUGGGCAUCUGGACGGUGGUGGACCGGCCGUACCUGGAGCAGCUCCUGGGAAAUGACCUGUACAUCACCGCCGCCUACAUCCUCAUCGCCACCGGAUGCGUCAUCUUCUUCGUCUCCUUCCUCGGCUGCUUCGGGGCGCUCAAGGAGAUCAAGUGCAUGCUGCUGUCGUAUUUCAUCAUCGUCCUCCUCCUGUUCAUCAUCGUCCUCAUCGGCGGCAUCCUCGGGUACGUGUUCAAGGACAAGGCGUCCGUGAGUGUCAAGAACACCAUGACGAGUGCCAUGAGGGACUACAAGCCUGACACUGACAUCCCCAUCACCAAGGCUUGGGACGAGACGCAGCAGGCGAUGAAGUGCUGUGGCAUCACGGUGCAGAGUGACUGGCUGAAAUACAACAGGAAUUUCAUACAAUCCGGCAACAAGGUUCCGAAGUCUUGCUGCAAGAACGACCCCAACACUGGAAAGGUUCUGGAUUGUCAAGUCAGUCCAACAGAAGACAAUUCGUACACAGAAGGCUGCUACAAGAAGGCCAGAGAUUUCGUCCAGGGUCAAGCAGUUAUUAUAGGGGGCGUGGGCAUAGCCGUCGCCUUUAUAAUGCUGAUUGGCCUCAUCUUAUCCAUCAUCCUCUUCAAGCUAAUCAACUAAAUGACAUGAGAUACUGUAUUUCAAAACUUGUCAGGGGUAAAAAUAUACUGUAAGACUUUUUGUCAACUGCAUUAUCUUCUUUUUUUCUUUUCUUUUUUUUUUAAUAAAAUCCUUGUAGUUUGAUGCAUGAUUCUUAUAGAUGGAAAACAAUUCAUAUAAGAUUCCUUGUCUGAUUUUAUGCAGUUCAUGAAAUGUAUUUACAGUACGAGCUUUAGCUAGACUGUGGUUUGCAUAGGUUUAGCUUAUGUGGUUCUUGUCAAGAGAAAAAGUGUAUGUGUUUUAUUUAUAUCUAUCUUAGUAAUUUUUAUAUUCAUUUUGAAUAUAGUUUUAGAAUGUGGGUGAUAAACUAUGGCACAGACGUGUCAUUGGAUGUGAUAAAAGAUUAGUUGUACAGUUGUGGCAGUGGUUCUCAAAGGGGAGAUUCGUCCAGCGUCUCUCCGAGCCACGACACUGUGCUGCUGUUACGCUAACUUGGCCCUGUUGUCGUGCUCCCCGUCUACAAACAGACUUGUAGAUUGUAUUUUCUGAAUUACCUUCAUUUAGCAAGGGAAAAGCCCAUUCAGAACAGAAAUGAAAGUAAACCCCUAAAAAUGUACCUAGCUCAUAAUUUCUCAAGAGUAAUGAACCUGCCUUUAGGAUUCAUAUAGAGAUUUUAUCCCUCCCCUGAAAUUAUUUUUUCAUAAAAGAGUAUCGGUAAAAAAAAAUAAAUAAAUAUAAAGACUAUAGACAAAAGAUAAAAUUGAAUACGACACACCAAGUUAGCACUGAAGCAGUACGGUUUAAACGAUAGCUUUUGUGUAGUCCUACCUUUGAGUAUCUAGUCCAGAACUCUGUGCUUGAGUAAAUGUUGUAAGUAAGCAGUUAUGACUUACUCCUAAUAUUUGCAUUUGUCGUCAUGAUUGUGUUCGUUUUCUUUCAAAGUGCCUUGUGUUAUUUAUUAUGAACAAAACACUCUGAAAAUUGUUUGGAAUUAAAAUUCUCUCCUGGAAUGUUCAUUUAAGACAAAAAUACAUUUAAUGUAUUUGUAAAACAAUAGAAGUACAUUUUUGUGUUUAUGAUUGAUUGGAGUAUGUUAUGAUUAGACAUAAUUCAGUAUUAAUAGCUUUCAGUGUACAUUAAUUAUUUUUAUGUAUUAUUUCUUAAGUAAAGGCUAAAAAAUAUGUAAGUAUAAAAAUGAGAAUAUAAAGAAGGAAAUUCUUUUGUAUAUUUUCUGCACCAAACAUUUCCUAGUAUUACGGACUGCUGUAUUAGACAUAAAUGGAAUAUAUUGUUUUAUUGUCUCUAUACUCUCACACUCUUACUAAACAUUCUCUCUCUCUCUCUCUCUCUCUCUCUCUCUCUCUCUCUCUCUCUCUCUCUCUCUCUCUCUCUCUCUCUCUCUCUCUCUCUCUCUCUCUCUCUCUCUCUCUCUGUCUCUCUCUCUUUCAUGACUGAAGAUAAAAUACUUUAUUCCACUGGUAUUAUGUUUCUGGGAAAUGUUCAAGUGAGCAAAAUGAAGUGUUAUUGCCUGAUCAAGCCAUUUCUGUAAAUAUAUUAACUGACCAAAUAUACUCUACCCCUUUCUAAUUCUGUGGUUCAAAAAAAAAAAAAAAGUAUGUUGAUGUGCCUGUAACUUUUCCGAGGACAUUCUGAUCCUGCAACAGAUCUCAGUAUCUCAGUUAGGCGGGCAUUGUGAAAUUCCGAUUCAAACCCCUUCUUGACUGGAUUGUCGCGCAAGAGAAUCACCCCAUUUUCACGCAGAUAUUCACGCUGGUUUAAUUCUCAUGUGGAUCGUAACUGACUUUCUUGAUUAGUGUAUAUAAUUAGGCAAAAUUUGUUUCCCCUUUCUUUCUCAUUAUUACUUUUUUAUUAUUAUUAUUAUUUUGUAGAAGAAUCUACAGUUUGGUGCAAUUUUAUAGCUUAAGAUGCUAGCAGGAUUAAUUACUGCUCAGCUUGGCCAGAAUCUUUAUAUCAUAGGCACAGUACUAAUAUUUUUAACAUUGAAAGGUUUAUAUACAGGUGUUGCCGUGACCAAGAGAAGGACUCUUUAACAUGUUGAUUACAUUGUCAUUUGAUUGAUUAGAAGAGGUUGACAUUUCUUCUCUUUUUUAUGGAUUUCUUGUGUAAUGAAGAUUUUCUUUAUUCUGAUGACUGUUUGUAGACAGCGAAAAAUAAAAAGGAUGUCUUUAUAUGUGUCAUA